AUGGGCUCCAUCAAGGUGUACUACAGCAGCGUGACGGGCUCCCGGGAGGUGCGGCAGAGACAGGCCGAGGUGCGGCGGAUCCUGGAGGGCAACCGGCUGCGCUACGAGCUCAUCGACGUGUCCGUGAGCGAGGGGCGGCUGCGCGAGAUGCGCGACAAGGCGGGCGACCCGCAGGCCAUGCCGCCGCAGAUCUGCAACGGCGACCAGUACUGCGGGGAUUUUGAGAUGCUYUACCAAGCAACUGAAAACGAGGAAGUGCCCAAGUUCCUGAAGAUGACCUCGGCUGACAAGCCGGUACGAGAAGAAAUUGCAAUCUGAAGGACUUUCUUUGGCAUUUGGUUGUUCGUGAUCAGGACAGACUACAUGUGCGUAUUUUGAGAAUAAACAUCCAGGGAUUUCUGGUGAUGCAGUGCUUCAGUUUCCCUUAGUAGAACAGYGAUCUCUGCUCCAUCACCUUCAGGCAGCUUUCACCAUCCUUUUGCAUUUUCUAGAGGGUUUUACAACACGGUUAAAAAUUGUUCAUAAUAAACUUCUCAAUCUAAAAUACACCACAAUUGCAUAGUAUGGGUGAAUCAUAAAAUACUUAGGCUUUUGUGGGACUCUCAUUAGAAGAUAAUUACCUGGUAAUUUAGUUCCUGAUCUGCUCUGAUGGGCCUCACACCUUGUCCUUUUCUUUUAAUGCUAAGUGUAAUUAAUCCCUAUCCAGAACAAACACAGAUGUUAUGAUAAUCUCCAUUCUGCUUUCAUGAGAGCACCUGGCAGUUUCACCAGCUGAUUCCUGUUCACAAUGCUUGUUUUCUAUAACAAAGGARCCUUCUGACUUAAAUGGCUUAAAUGAAGUCUAGUGCUAAGAGGACCUUUAGGGUUUUUUCUC